UGGGGUUCCAGGACUGAACCUGGUCUUGGAUCCCCCCCAGGGAUGGACUGCGUGUGGCGUUCGUGGGACGGGAACGACUUCAAAGAGAAACAGCCUCAGCCGCCGCCGUGUCCCGAGAGCAUCGUGGUCUCCUGGCUGAGCCGGGCUGAAUGGGAUCAAGUGAUGGUUUAUCUGUUCUGCGAUGAUCAGAAAUUGCAGCAGUAUGCGCUGAACCGUAUUACGGUGUGGCGGAGCAGGUUAGGCAACGACCUGCCCCUGGCAGUGGCUUCUACUGCUGACCUGGUACGCUGUAAGCUCAUGGAUGUAGCUGGUGGCUUGGGCACCGAUGAACUUAGACUGCUCUAUGGCAUGGCUUUGGUCAGGUUUGUGAAUCUUAUCUCAGAGAGGAAGACCAAAUGUUCUAACCUCCCCCUCAAGUACCUGGCUCAGGAGGUGAACAUUCCAGACUGGAUUGUUGAACUUCGCCACAAGUUGACCCACAAGAAAAUGCCCCAUAUAAAUGACUGCCGCAGAGGUUGCUACUUUGUCCUGAAUUGGCUCCAGAAGACGUACUGGAGCCGUCAACUGGAGGAUACCCUGAAAGAGACCUGGGAGUUGGAAGACGACCAGAUAGAGCCAGAAGAACACCAAGAAGUGGAAAGUGAAACUAUUGUUGAUGUUGUAGUAGAAGCAGAAGUAGAAGCAGAACCAGAGCCAGAACCAGAGCCAGAGCCUCAGGAGGAUGACAAAGAUGAAGAGCUGCCUGUUGAAAACAAUGUGAACGAUAAAGACAAGAAAGAGGCAGAUUCUCCUCCAGAACCCAGUCCAAGAUAUAAAGAGCUGUAUGAAAAAGCACGGGAAUUGCUGGUAUCAUAUGAAGAGGAGCAGUUUAAGGUGCUGGAGAAAUACAGGCAUUUACCUCAGGCUGUUAAGGUGUGGAACAACCUUUCUCCGUGUGUACAGUGUAUCCUGGAAGAACUCAAAAGCAUUACAUGGGAGAACAGGGAUGCUGUGCUGGAUGCUUUUCUGGACGAAGGCUUCCUUAUCCCCACUUUCGAGCAAUUGGCAGCUUUGCAGAUAGAGUAUGAAGAAAACAUCAACUUGAGUGACGUCUUGGUGCCAAAGCCAUUCUCUCAGUUCUGGCAGCCACUGCUCAGGGGCCUGCACUCCCAGACCUUCACACAGGUCCUGCUGGAGAGGAUGUUCUUUGAGUUGUCUACCUUGGGGAGCACUGGGAUCCGGUCUACCUACAUCCUUAGAUGGACUGUUGAACUGAUCGUGGCCAACACCAAGAUUGGACGGAAUGCCCGGAAGUUUUCUGCAAGCCAGUGGGAAGCAAGAAAGAGCUGGAGGCUGUUCAACUGUUCUGCCUCCCUUGAUUGGCCCCAGGUGGUCGAGUCCUGCUUGGGCUCACCUUGCUGGGCCAGUCCCCAACUCCUUCAGCUAGUCUUCAACGCCAUGGGACAGGUCUUGCCCGAUGGGGAGCAGGAGAAGCUGCUGCGUGUCUGUUCCAUUUAUACUCAGAAUGGAGAGAAUGGUGUGGCAAAGACAAGUGUAGGUUCCUCUUCCGCUGGGAAAAGUCCAUACACAUUGGAUACCUUACAUCAGGACCCAAAACCAUCUGGUGCCAACUGUGAGUCUGAAGAAAAUACUCAACAGAAGGAGCAAGGCAGCCUUAAGGAUGCCAAGCAAGGGGAGGAAAAGGAGAAUGAGGAGGAGGAGGAGCAGGAGAAUGAGGUGGAGCAGGAUGAGGAUGAGGAACAGGAGCAAAAGGUCUUUCAAGAUCAGAUGGAGGAAGAUGUAGAGGAAAGUUAUGACUUGAUAGAGGAAGAAGAGGAAGUGGAUGAGGAUGAAGACGACGAUGAUGAUGAUGACGAAGACGACGAUGAAGACAGAAUGGAGAUGGGGGUUUUCUCUCUCAUGAAGGAAUCCUACGAUUUUGAGAAUACUAGGGUCAUGUCCUCGAAAAGGGAAGCUUUGCAGGGUUCAGCAUGGCAAGUAAGCUCUGAAGAUGUGCGAUGGGGUGCAUUCCCUAUAGGCCGAAUGCCAGGUCAGACUGACGACCCAACAGAACUUUUGUUGGAUAAUUAUGACACCAUGUAUCUUUUGGACCAACUUGUACUCGAGCAGCGGCUAGAAGCCCCAAAGUCCAGGAGUAGCACUUUGAGCCUAAGUUGUUGUGGAGACAGUAGCAACUCUAGCAGCAGCAGCAGCAGCAACAGCGGCAGCAACUUGGAGGGCCUUCUCUGGAACCAGGGACAACUGCAUGGGCUCAAAGCUGGCCUGCAGCUCUUCUGAUGACUGUCCUUAUGCAAGUGGCCUUGAAGCCCCGCUAUAUUUCACAGCCCAGAGUCCAUCCAUGGUACAGACUGAACAACCUGGGAAAUAGUUCAGAUCAGCUGUAUCAAUUUAGCUUUCCACCGCAAUAGAAAUUUGAAUAUUUCCCCAGAUUUUCUGUUUUGUUUUGAAAUAUAAUAAACAGAUUUUUUGUCAUGGUG